CAGUGAAAUGCGGUGAAUGUACAACAGUGCAGUGAAACAUAGAAUAUACAGUAUUAAAAAAAGGACCCUUUCUUUUUGAAAUGCACCAUUUAGAAAUUUAAAUUUUUUAAAUUGUUGACAAAUAAAACUAUUUAUUAAUAAUGUCAAUUUCUACUAAUAUCAAAGAUUCAAGUAAUAACAUUAAUUGGUUAGAAAAAUCAGCAGAGAAGGGUGAUAAAAGGUCAAUGCACAAUCUUGCCUUACAUUACUACAAUGGCAAAGAAACAGUAAAGGACUUGGGAAUGGCCUUUCACUGGUUUCAGAAAGGGGCAGAGAAGGGUCAUGAAAGGUCAAUGCACAAUCUUGCCUUACAUUACUACAAAGGUGAAGGGACAGCGAAGGACUUGGGAAUGGCCUUUUACUGGUAUCAGAAAGGGGCAGAAAAGGGUCAUGAAAGGUCAAUGCACAGUCUUGCUUUACGUUACUAUAAUGGUGAAGGGACAGCGAAGGACUUGGGAAUGGCCUUUUACUGGUAUCAGAAAGGGGCAGAAAAGGGUUAUGAAGGGUCAAUGCAUAGUCUUGCCUUAUGUUACUAUAAUGGUGAAGGGACAGUGAAGGACUUGGGAAUGGCCUUUCACUGGUAUCAGAAAGGAGCAGAAAAGGGUCAUGAAAGGUCAAUGCACAGUCUUGCCUUACGUUACUAUAAUGGUGAAGGGACAGCAAAGGACUUGGGAAUGGCCUUUCACUGGUAUCAGAAAGGGGCAGAUAAGGGUCAUGAAAGGUCAAUGCAUGAUCUUGCCUUUUGUUACUACAAAGGUGAAGGGACAGCAAAGGACUUGGGAAUGGCCUUUCACUGGUAUCAGAAAGGGGCAGAUAAGGGUCAUGAAGAGUCAAUGUACGGUCUUGCCUUUUGUUACAAUAAAGGUGAAGGGAUAGCAAAGGACGUGGAAAUGGCCUUUCACUGGUUUCAGAAAGGGGCAGAGAAGGGUCAUGAAGAGUCAAUGCAUGGUCUUGCCUUAUGUUACUACAAUAAUGAAGGAACAGCAAAGGACUUGGGAAUGGCUUUUCACUGGUAUCAGAAAGGGGCAGAGAAGGGUCAUGAAGGGUCAAUGCAUAACCUUGCCUUAUGUUAUGAAAAUGGUGAAGGGACAGCGAAGGAUUUGGGGAUGGCCUUUCACUGGUUUCAGAAAGGGGCAGAGAAGGGUCAUGAAAGGUUAAUGUACAGUCUUGCCUUAUAUUACCACAAUGGUAAAGAGACAGCAAAGGACUCAGAAAUGGCCUUUUACUGGUAUCAGAAAGGGGCAGAGAAGGGUCAUGAAGGGUCAAUGUACAACCUUGCCUUAUGUUAUGAUAAUGGUAAUGGAAUAGCAAAGGACUUAGGAAUGGCCUUUCACUGGUAUCAGAAAGGGGCAGAGAAUGGUUAUGAAGGGUCAAUGCACAACCUUGCCUUAUGUUACAAAAAUGGUAAAGGGAUAGCAAAGGACUUGGGAAUGGCCUUUUACUGGUAUCAGAAAGGGGCAGAGAAGGAUCAUGAAAGUUCAAUGCAUAGUCUUGCCUUAUGUUACAAAAAUGGUAAAGGGACAGCGAAGGACUUGGGGAUGGCCUUUCACUGGUUUCAGAAAGGGGCAGAGAAGGGUUAUGAAAGGUCAAUGCACAGUCUUGCCUUAUGUUACGAAAAUGGUGAAGGAAUAGCAAAGGACUUGGAAAAAGCCUUUUAUUGGCACAAAAUAACUCCUGAUACUUUUAAAAUUAACAACUUAUUAUGUAAGGAAUGCAAUCAACCAUAUAUUGAUCACAAAUGGUGCCAACAAUGUAAUAUUAAUCAAUUUCAGCAAGAUUUUUCAAAAUGGACUAGUAAAAAUAAAUUUAUUGAUAAAUUUAUUCAAGAAGCACAACUAAAUGCUAAAAGUAAUUAUGAAGUUUUAGAAUGGAUACCUUAUAAUAAAUUGAAUAAUAUUAAUUAUUAUGAUAAAGGAGGAUUUAGUGAAAUUUAUAGGGCUAUCUGGUUAGAUGGACCUAUUGAUAGUUGGAACUUUGAUGAACAACAAUGGAAUAGAUGGACUGAAUAUGAGGUUAUUCUUAAAAAUCUUAAUACUUCAUCAAGUUUAAGUGAUAAAUUUUUAGAUGAGGUAUAG